UUAAGUGUAAAACCGUACUCCCGUGUGUAAGGGGGAAGGUAGUCCCCCGCUGGGGUGGAGAAAGGAGCUAGUAUAAAGUUUUUAUUCGUAUCACGCACAUGCUGAAGUUAGAAACACCCAAACCAAGAGAGGAAUUUGAAAAAAGAUGUUUUACAAGUUUAUUUGUGUGUGUUGCAUGCCGUCUUACCCGUGUAAGAGAAAGUAUAGUGAAAUUUAUUAAAUAAAUUUAGAAUUCUCAAUUUCAACUUUAUAUGGUGUCUCUAUUAUCUGCUUUUGGAUAAAAAGUUUCCAAUGUCUCAAGGUUUUAUAGUUUAGGUCAAGAGAGGGAUUUCAAUUCUUUCUUUUUACUUUAAUUUAUUUCAGAUUUUCAUCAUAUUCCAUUGCAAAAUUAAGCUUGUUAAAACGACCGGUUAUGACAACUCCAAUGGCAACCUCGAUAAGACCACGUGGCCUAUCACGCCGUGAUCACGUGUUGAACCUUCUACCACCGCUGACCGUCGUAAAUAAAGAAGAUGCGACGCUGCAUGAUCGUUUAUUCUCUGACGACCCUCCAGCAAAGAACUACCCGAAGAGUUUUCCAAGUAAAGUUCUGCGGCAUCUCGGGGAAUGGACAUUUUAUUCUGCUCCCACAAAAGGGGAACUCGCCCUGCUUGACAAAAAUAUGUACGAUUUAGAAAACGAAGCAGAAAAUCCGACCAAAAAUGAUGCUGACGAGAAGAAGACAGAACAUGAGAAGAACACGCCCGGUGCACAGUCCCAACGUGCCGGGGAUGACAAAAAGAGACUGGAGACUAGAAAGGGAAUGACUCUGAAGACGAACAGAGAAAAACAAAAACAACAAACGAAGGAGGAGGAAAAAAUCUUGCAAGAAGAAGCUAAUGAGGUGGCAGACCAGCAAAAAGCUGGUUUUUUUCCUGAAGCAGCUCAGAGAAAAUCCAACUCAGAGAAAACAAAGCACAUUGAAGGCAAGAAAGGCAAUAACGUCGAAGCUACAAAGUCUACAAAGAAAAAGCCUAAGCGACCGUCAUAUGUAACAUGCGCGCCUAAAAAGCUGAAGAAGAACGCCCAAGUGAAAAGUAUAAAAUCACAUGUACCACCAGCGCUUGCAAAGGUUGAAAUUACGCUGAAGAAGUCACGUGGUAAAGUACUUGGCGGAGCAGAAUCUCGUGACGAAAUAAGUACUGAGCCGCUGACAGUUGAAGGGCAUAACAUGUCAGUACCAGGCUCCGACCGGAAACAUGGUCAUACUAAAGAACGAACUCACGAUAUUGAAAGAGCUGGUGCUCAUAAAGACACUGUAAAACUGAAUACAACUGAAAGAAAAGAGAGUGAAGUGAAAAGGAGAAACAGAAGUUUUAUAUCUGACACGGACACCGCUGAUUUAGAUGCUGAUGAUGGUAAGACGAUUGCACCAGAGAAAGCACAGUUGAGGAAUCCAAAGCGUUCCGUUAUAAAAAUUCCAUUGCAGGAAAUUGAUAGUUCAGAGGAAGCUGAUACCAACAACAGAGUAAUAACACCCGAACCUCAAGCGGAGCGGGACAUCAAGUCAGAAAACAUUGAUUCAAAGUCAGAGUUACAAACGGAAGUUGAUUCUCCAGCUGAGGAUGCAGUGAAAUCUAAGGCUUCCCCUGAGAAUCUUUGCGGUAAUUUGGACAAUGAUGUAUUGUGUGACCAGUGUGUCACGUUUGGUCCGAGCUCUGAAAAAGAAUCAGAGAAUGAGAAGAAAAGGGCAAAGUCCCAAAAUGGGCGUAAAAAAGAACGCAAACGAAGUGGCAAAAAUAGGGUGAAAUCCGGCUAAAUAUUAAACGAUUGGUCCAUAGGGAACAGUUAAUUUUGUUUCCCCAGAGAAUCGAGAGAAACCAAAUUGAUUGGUUUCCCGAGGGACCAGCAGUUAAGGUAUUUGUUAUAUAGCACAACAAAGAAAUAAAAGGAAUUCACACCCAACCGCGUUCAUCGGUCAACAUUUGCGGGUAACAGUAAACCGUUAUUCUCCGAUGUCGUAGAUUUCGCAAUGGCGAGAAACAGUUUCAUUGUAAAUACGAUGUGAUCUCGCCUUAGUAGCCAUGCCAAUGAGAGCACGCGCUGUUGAGGAAUGAAAUUCCAGUUGUGUAACAAUUUCUGUUGUAGCGAGCUGGACUAUAGUUUCAACGGAAAUCUGAAAUUCAGGGGCGUAUCCAGGAUUUUCUUAGGAGGGGGUGCACCACUAAGGAAUGGUGUAACUGACCGGUGAGGUAAACAAAUUUUAA